AUGAUAGAGCAGCAAGAACUGGAACAUGUUCAUUGGGAUCACAUGGUUCGGAAUAGGAUCAACACUCCAAAGCACAGGUUUAUAUCAUGGUUAGCCAUUCAGAGCAGAUUAUGCACAAAGGAAAAGCUAGCCCAAUUUGGUGUUAGUAACUCAGAUACUUGCUGCAUAUGUGAAGUAGAAGCUGAAUCUCAUGCUCACUUAUUUUUUCAAUGUGAUUUUAGUAGAAGGUUGCUGAGUGAUAUUAAACAGUGGAUGGGAAUUACUAGUAGAUCUACUGAUCUGGUUUGUUUGCAGCAAUGGAUUCAUCACAAUCAGAGGUCUAAGUUCAAGAGGAAUGUGUGGUAUGCUAGCCUUGCUGCUGCAAUUUACUUCACAUGGCAAUGUAGGAACAAAGCUUAUUGGGAUCAAUCUGUUCCUAAUCCUAGGCAUGUUUUUGUUAGCCUCAAACAAUCUGUCAAGCAGCGAGUUGUUGCUGUUAUGCCUCAAAAUGUUUCUAGAGUUGAGCAAAAUUGGUUUGUAAGUUUGUAA